UUUUCAUACAUGCACACGCGUUCGCAUGUAUAUACGCUAUAAAUAAUAAAAUAUAAGUAACAAAUAUAAAAUAUAUAAUAAUAUUCAAUUGAUCUAUAAAAAGUAAUCUAUAAAAUUAAUAUAAUAUUUUAAUAUAAAGAUGAUAUGUGCACGUGAUAUCUUUCGAUUUUGCAACAGCAAGUAACAAAUAUUUCUGUUACGGAGUAGUGGUAUAUCGUUUACAUUCAUAUGUCACAAAUUAUUUCCCGAAAUUCACUAAAAUAGUAACAAAUGGCGUUAGACUUACGGUAUGAUAAUUUGUAAUAUUAUGGUAGUUUUUAUUUUUUAUUUUAAUUGGAAUUAAAAAUAUUUUAAUUCAAAAUAGAGGUUAUAUUAAAGUAUGUUUCACAUGUACAUGUUUGAUUAUAUCUUUACAAGUAUAUCAAUUUUUAUCUUUUGAAUUUCUAACGAAAUUCAAGUGAAAAUAAUAUGUUUUUAAUAUGUUAUAUAUGUAAUUAGCUUAUAUCUUUCAAAUUUAUGUAUAACUAAAAUGUAUUGUGAUCGGAAAGAUAGGUUGAUAGGUUAUAUGAUAGACAAAUUCUUAUGAGUAUACUCAAACUUUUUUUUAACGUAGGAACUUGUAUUUAGAAAGAAUGAUAGAAAGAAAAAAUAUAUACAUAUAUUUAUAUAUUUAAAUCAAUUUAUUUUGAAUAGAAGGUAUUCUAUUAGGCAUGGGUAAUCCUCUUCUUGAUAUUUCAGCAACUGUAGAUAGCAAUUUUUUAAAAAAAUAUGAUCUAAAUGCAAAUGAUGCAAUUCUUGCUGAAGAAAAACACAAACCCAUGUAUGAUGAAUUAAUUGAAUUGUAUAAAGCAGAUUUUAUCGCUGGUGGUUCUGUACAAAAUACUAUGCGAGUAGCACAAUGGUUCCUGGGGAAACCAAAUAUUGCAACUUACAUGGGCUGUGUUGGAAUGGACAAGUACUCAAAAAUUUUAGAGGAUAGAGCACGUGCAGAUGGCUUGAAUGUUCGUUAUCAAUAUACACAAAAAGAACCUACCGGUACUUGUGCAGUUCUUAUUACAGGAAAUGAACGUUCUUUGUGUGCCAAUUUGGCUGCAGCUACAUGUUUUUCACUUUCACACAUAGAAGAAACUGAAAAUAAAAAUCUUAUUGAAAUUGCUGAAUAUAUUUAUGUUUCUGGUUUUUUCUUAACUGUAAGCCCAGAAACAAUUCAAGUAAUUGCUAAACAUGCUUUUGAAAAAAAUAAAAUUUUUAUAAUGAAUCUCAGUGCACCAUUUUUAUGCGAAUAUUAUAAAAAGCCAAUGUUGGCAGCUCUUCCUUAUGUUGAUAUCUUAUUUGGUAAUGAGGUAGAAGCUGAUGCAUUUGCAAAAGCAAAUGAUUUCCAAACUACAAAUAGAAAGGAAAUUGCUUUAAAAUUAUCACAAAUGGAAAAGAUUAAUAAAAAAAGGCAAAGAAUUGUUAUAAUAACCCAAGGUCCUGAUAAUAUAUUAGUUGUAAAAGAUAAUAUUAUAAAGGAAUUUGCUGCUAUGAGACUUCCAGAAGAAAAAGUUGUAGAUACUAAUGGAGCAGGUGAUGCAUUUGUUGGAGGUUUUUUGGCUCAAUUUGUUCAAGGUAGAAGUAUAGAAGUUUGUGUGAAAUGUGGAAUUUGGGCUGCAACUCAAAUUUUACAGAGAUCUGGAUGUACUUAUGAAGGGAAACCUAAUUUUACUCCUUGACAAUGCUUAAAUCAGUUAGUUAAUUGUAAAUUCUGUACUUAUAUAUACAUACACAUAUAUGUGUGUGUGUGUUUGUUUGUUUGUUUGUUUAUGUAUAUAUAUGUAUAUAUAUAAUUAUAUAUAUAUAUAUAUAAUUUAUAUAAUAUAUAUAUAAUUAUACAAUAAAAAUGUAUAAUAUGUAUAUAUGUAUUUAUAUAUACGUAUAAUAAUAUGUAUAUGUAUAUAUGUAUAUAUAUAUAUAUAUAUAUAUGUAUAAUAAAUACUUUAUCAACUUUUUUA